AUGACGACCCGAUCUAAGGCUAGAUUGGGAGUGCGUGUGGGAUCUGAUCCAAACUCUCUACGAGAAGAAGUCGUGAGAGAGCUGCGGAUCGAGCGGAUCCGGCAAGUGCAGGACGAGGAGUCGUGGAUCAUGGGCUUGAAGAAGUAUUUGGUCGGGGAGAUCCGGGAUCUGACCCAGGAAGAGGCUAAGAUGUUUGGAUCUAUUGCUAUGAAUUAUGAAGUGGAUCAGUUGGAUCUACUCUUCUAUUGCCCGACAACUAAGGAAACUGCCGCAGAUCGAGAUAAGCUGAUGCGACUAGUGAUACCUGAGACUCUUCAACAGGACAUUUUGCACCACUAUCAUACGAGUCUGCAAGGUGGUCAUCAAGGAGUUGGUGGCACCUAUGAUCGGAUCCGCAAAAGAAGACCUCAGAUCCAGGGCGAGUCACCUGGUAACCUUCAGGCGACAUACCCAUUUCAGAUCAUUGCCAUGGAUCACAUACCUUUAUUGCCUAGAUCCUGCAACGGCAACACUGAAUUGCUGAUCUUCGUGGAUCUAUUCUCGGGAUAUGUGAUCGCCAAAGCCAGCGCCUCCAGAUCCGCUCUGACAAUCGCCGAGACCUACGAAGAAUGUGUCUUCUGUCGAUUUGGCGCGAGCGAGGUGAUCCGACACGAUCGGGAACCAGGCUUUAUGUCUGACUUCUUUAAGUCGUUCAACAAGAUCUUGAGACAACACUACUAUGGCGUAUCGACCCCAAGCUAA